AGUGCCUACUCUGUCUGACAUGUUUCAGAUCUGAGGGUUGAAACUCUGAGCUGGUGAAAUGCAUCAUGGGAUUGCCUUCGCAGUGAAGGAUGCAUCUCAUGCUGUAAUAAAAAUGAGAGCGCAGGUGUAGUUUUAAAAGGAGUCAUACAGUUUGAUAAACAGUGAGUGGUUAUAUCUGAAACAGAGAGCUGAGCGGGGUGCAGUGCGCUGGUUCUGCCUCGCGGUGGCGCCGCUGUCUGUGUUCUGAGUUCUUCUCCUCAGAGCUGUUGCAGAGCGGCGCUUCUCUCCCUCCAGCAGAAACUUCACCAGCAGCUCCUCUACCCCACCACAACUCCAGACCUGCUGAACUCACCGCGCUCUCCUCCAGCUCUCACUGACCCACCCGCCGCUCCCGCCGCCCGGACUCUCUCUCUGGGGCCUCCAGGAGGACAUGCUGAUUUGGACGCUCCAGCAGCGGACAUCUGCGGAGCCUCUCUCCUCGCACCUCACCCUCUCGGUUCGCCCUUGCUCUGAGAAGAUGAGUUAAAGGGGUCCCAGACCGCCCACUGUCCUUCCCCCUCCCCCCUGGACUGGACCCCAAACUCCCACAGGCUUCACUCCCUACUUCAUGAGCCAGCAGGAUGCGGCGGGGGUGCGCACACUCUCCGAGCGCCUCCUGGUAGCCUCACACAAGGGCCAGGCCGACCAUGUGGUGCAGCUGAUCAACAAGGGCGCCAAAGUAGCCGUCACCAAGUAUGGCCGGACUCCGCUGCAUUUGGCUGCCUAUAAAGGCCACCUCGAGGUGGUGAGGAUUCUGCUGAAGGCUGGCUGUGACCUGGACAUUGAGGAUGACGGUGAGCAGACAGCCUUACACCGAGCAGCCGUGGUGGGAAACAGUGAUGUCAUCUCAGCUCUCAUCCAGGAAGGGUGCGCACUGGACAGGCAAGACAAGGAUGGAAACACAUCUCUGCAUGAGGUUGCAUGGCAUGGGUUCAGUCAGUCUGUCAAACUGCUGGUUAAAGCUGGCGUCAACCUUCAUGCUAAAAACAAGGCUGGUAACACAGCUCUACAUUUGGCCUGUCAGAAUGGUCACACCCAGAGCUGUAAGGUCCUGCUGCUGGGAGGAGCCCGUCCAGACAGCAAAAACAAUGUAGGCGACACGUGCCUGCACGUCGCCGCUCGCUACAACCAUGUGUGUGUGAUCCGCAUUCUGCUGGGUGUGUUCUGUUCGGUGAGCGAGAGGAAUCAGGCAGGGGACACAGCCCUGCAUGUGGCAGCAGUUCUGAAUCAUAAGAAGACAGCCCGUCUGCUGCUCGAGGCUGGAACUGACAGCACCAUCCGGAACAACGUUGGACAGACUGCACUGGACCAAGCCAGAGAGCACAACAACCCCGAGGUAGCGCUACUGCUGACCAAAGCACCACAGAUCCAGAGCUUCUCCCGUGGGAGGAGCGUGAGGAAGAGGAGGGACAAGCUGAAGGCAGAGGGGCGAGCGCAGUCCGUCCCACGGGAUGAGAUGCUGCCGAGUAAGGAUAGCGUGUCCCAGGCAGAGGACACUCCGAGCAGUGAGCGGACAGCACGGAGACGAGGGGAACACAGGAGUGCCACACCCGACACCACAGAGGAGCACCCCAAAAAGAGGCGUGACAAGAGCAAAGUCAAAGACAAGCCGUCUCUGUCAGACCCCCUCUCCCGGACUGAGAAUAAGCGCAGUGAGCAGAAAAAGAAGAACAAGCCCAGGGUUUCCCCUCCCAUCGCUGUUCCUCCACCACACAGCUACAAGGCCUACCAGCUCUACACACUUUACAGGGACAAAGAUGGCAAGAUUAUGCAGGCCCCACUCAAUGGCUGCAGGUGUGAACCCCUCAUUAAUAAGCUGGAGAACCAGCUGGAGGCCACCAAAGAAGAGAUGAAGUCAGAGAUCCACACUGUGCAGGAGCUCAUGAACAGCAAGAUGGGACAGCUGGACCGCAAGAACAAACACCAGAUCAGAGCUCUGGAUAAAAUGACGAUAGAGAGAGUCUCUGCUGAAAAGACUGAGUGUUUACAACGCAUUGAUCAUAGAGCCAAACAGGAGCGUCAAGAUUGUGAAAAAAGACAGCAGGCCUCAGUAGUGAACGACCUGAAGAACUGGUGCUUGUCCAAGCUGCAGCGGAUGGAGUCACGGCUGACUGCGGACCCCCGUGGCGCCCCCCUGCGCCGCUCCUCCUCCCUGGCAGACACGCUCUCGGAGUGCGAUGGCGAUGCAAGUGACCACCCUGGUAGUCACUCAGCCAGCAGUGCCCACUGCCUGGUGGCCACGUGCCCCACCGAAACCAUGGAAGGAGGAGGGGCAGCCAGUGGACCACAGGAGGACGGAUCAGCCAAUCACUAUUUUGUGGUUCAGGUGGACAGUUCUCCAGAUGACAAGCAGAAAGUCCGGGACACCUCCUGCCCCCUGGCUCAGGACAAAUCUGUGCCAUCCUCGCCCCGUGUGGUUCGGCCAAAGGAGCGUGCGCUGCUCUCUGUGGACUCCCACAGGUCACAGCGGGACCCCCAGGACUCUGUUCAGCAGGAGACGCUGUCUGUUUUAAAGCCCAGCCGGGCCAGCAGCCUCUCACCCGCCACAGAACGCCGCUGCAGUGGUCGGCAGGACCACGACCUGGACAGACAGGGGAAGGAGAGGGGCAGGCACCACAAGAGGUCCUCUCAGGGCAGGACUAAAGGCCAUAAGGGUAAGAAGACUUUGGAGGUGUUUGGCGAGCGUCCAUCAGAUGCAGAGGCCUCGUUUGAGCAGGAACGGGCCAACAUGCAUGCCCUGGAGGUGACACAGUACUUUUUUGAGGCUGUGUCCACACAGAUGGAGCGCUGGUAUGAGAGGAAGAUCUACGAAGCACGGAUUCAGGCUGAUCACCGAGCGCAGGCUGACCGGGCGGCCCUGCUGGAGCGGAUCACCUGCCUGGAGGAUGAACUGAGACUGCUCAGAACAAACAAACAGGAGGACAGCUAACACACAGUGCAGGAGCACAGCGCUGCACAGCCUUUUCACACAGAGUCUGGUUUUUAUGGAUAGAAAAAAAAAACAUGCACAUGUUUUAAAAACUUACACAGCAUCUUUCACAACAGGGGAGGUAACAGACAGACUGAAACACUGCAUUAAAAUAACAGGGCUGAAAUUCAGGAAACUAAACAGGAAAGAGUUUCCCAAAAACAUCUUAGCACAAAUGGUCAAGCGAGCAUCAAACUUAACACUUUUUACACCAGUAAAGAUACAUUUGAAAAUACAUUGUUAGAACUCUAUGGAAACCCACCUAAAAAAAAAUCCAGCUCAUUUUUGAAUUAUUAUUAACUAAACUGCUAUCUCAUUAUUUUGAGAUACUAAGUCAAUAUUUUGAGAUACAAUCUCAAUAUUUUGAGAUACAAUCUCAAUAUUUUGAGAUAGCAAGUCAUUAUUUUUAUAUACUAUCUCAAUAUUUUGAGAUACAAUCUCAAAAUUUUGAGAUAGUAAGUCAUUAUUUUGAGAUACUAUCUCAAUAUUUUGAGAUACUAAGUCAUUAUUUUGAGAAAGCAAGUGUGUUUGCUUUUUUUCCCCCCUCCAGCAUAGUAUAGCAUACUAUAAAUAACAUACAGCAUAGUGAGAGCCACAGCCACAUUCUUCAACACAUUGAAAUAGAAGUCCAGUGUGUUAUUAAAUUAAUAUCUUCUCUCCAAGGUCUGGAGGCUUAUUUUGAUAUUGUGUGAUUCCUCUAAAAGCACCAAUAAUUAAUGAUUUGGGAAUCCACAUCUGAAGUAGUCCUCAAUAAGAGUAUCCAUUUUACUCUUUUGUCUCACCUGCUUCUGUUUGUGUACAGUCUACUAGAAUCUCAAAAUAAUUACUUACUUUCUCAAAAUAAUGAGAUAGCAGUUUACUUAAAAUAAUCCAGCAUAUUUGUUUUAUUAUUAUUAUUUUUUUUUUUUUUUAGGUGGCGGGAAUUGACUUCCAUAGAACUCAGCCUUACUUAUAUCCAAAAUCAAUUUCAGAAGAUUAAUCACCUUGCUUGCCUUUUUUGCUAAGUACAGUCGAGUUCCCUUAUCUGGACAUUCAGUCCUCAUUUGACCAGUAUUUACAGAUGGAGGUAAUGUAACUAAACACAUACUGAAAAACUAAUUAAAUAUCUUGUAAAAUGGUUGGAGAGGACUCUGGAGGAACCUGUCUCCUUUAAACCUCAGAUAUAUCCACUGUGUUGCAAUUGCAUAUUACAUACUUACAUGAUAAAAUAUAAACUAUAUAAUAUUCAUAAUAGUAUUGUUUUGGCAAUAAUUGCUUCUGAUUUUUUUACUGAGUGGAUCCCCAUUGCUAGAUCCAAAGUGCUCUUUAAAAAAAAGAUAGUAUAUGCAGAUGGGUCUGGGAAUGGAUUUACAAUCCACUGUCCACAAAAAAAAGAUUAAUAUAUUCAAGUGUAUGUGCACGGUUAUGUCAGUUACCUCCAUCUUUAAAAAUGUAUAAUAUAUAAUAACAUAUCCUCAUCUGUUCAUUAUUCUGCUAGUGUUCUCAGAAUAUUCAUCACGUCAGACCUAAUGUCACUUAAUGUCUUAAGAAUGACAUUUUGAAUUGUGCAUUUUAAGAUUCAUGUAAAUAUUUUUUCAUCCAUAAAAAAACAGCUGGGCUGCUGGAUUAGCAUGCUAGAGUAGCUUCUGUAAGACAUGCUGCUAACCCUGAACUAGAGAGAGAGGACAAGCUAACACACAAAGCUAAUGCCAGAGUAGGAAACUUUUUCAAGAGGAAUCCAGGGCUAUAUUCACAUUACAGGUCUUAUUGCAUGAGUGACUGUAUUUUUUAAUGACUUAUUCUCCAAUAACCAGAACAGGCAAAACAGACAAAAACCAGAACAAAUCACAGAGCACUUCCUUUCAGAAUAAAUUAUGCCCUUUUCUAUUUCCAACAGCUUUUAGGUAAGCUAAUUAUCUAAAGUAUUGAAUACAAAUAACACAGAAGCUUCAACAACUAAAUCUAUAUCAGAUGUUUGAGUGUUUUGUUAAUCACUUUUUAUCUUUAUUAAAACUUCCCUUCUGGUCAGGAGACUCUCAGUCUUUCUAUGCCUAAAAAGAAAUCAGUGGUAGAUGUUUAAAGUGGCAGUCUCUAUUAAUUUGUUUCUAAUCUGAAAGCAGAAGCAUUGCUGUGUGAAAAAGGGAUAAAAUAUUGUGUUUAUUAGUAGCAGUGUCCUGGAACGACCAUCCCUGCUAAGCCUAAUAUAUUCAUUCUUAAAAACUGGGGUGUCGGGUCGCGUUUCGCAGGAGUUCUCCUGGUCUUUACGUCCUUACCUCUUUACAUCACACAUACAGCCUCUAAAAGAGGAUCCGGCUCAGUUUUACUGAACGCAAGCAGCUGGUGGAGCAAUGGAGACUUCAGAAGAGGAAACUCAGAGCUCAGUAGCUCAUUCACUCACAGUAAAAACAAAGAAUCGAAAGAGUGAAGUUUCUGACUGAGCGCUCUGAAAGGAGACCGCAUCACACCCACCCACUUUAAAAUGAUUCUUCCGCAUACUCAGUGCAGUUACCCAUUCUCACCAGAGAGGGCCCUAAGUCCCCCAAAUCCCAAAACUUACAGACAUCAGCUUUAAACGCAUCCAGUGAUGUUGAGGACUGAACUAGAAUAGUCUUUUAGUCAGGCUUUAGUCAUAAGUCAGUAACAGCUGCUUGACUCUACAUUUUUCAGACCCACAUAACUCCUCAAGAACUCCGGCAGUUGUUAUAUUAAAGUGAUAGUCUGUAACUUUUUGGUGAGAAUUCAGAAGAACUAAAAAGUACUUUUAAAACUUGCAUUGUGAUGCAGUCUAUUUUAAUUAUAUAAAUGUUCUUUAUCUUGUCAGCUCUCUUAAUUUCUAAUUCUGCAUUUCUUUGGUUAAAGUGUUCAUGCGUGAGCAGCUGAAGCUGAAGAGUUUGCUGUUCUGAUAUCUCCAUGUUCACAGUAGCUUUUGUAUCAGCGCCAUUAGCAGCACCAUGGGUGCUCGGAUAACCAGAAAAAUCUGUUAUAGCUAGAAAAAGGUUUCGGGACCUACCGGACAGCCUGUUUUCAAAAUUAUAUUAUAUAUGUGGCUUUGUAGAAACGGUAACAGAAGCAGGUUAAUGCUAUUUAUUAUAAAAUUAGCCCUCUCCACAGUCAGGAACUCUACUGCUUUUAAUUUAAAAGAACAAAUCUUAGGAACUGAUUUUUCCAUGUCUCCAUUUCUUACUGAAUGAUAAAAGGAUUAUCUUUUUAUUUAAUCUCCUCAGAAAUGUCUUCUAAGAAAUGCCAUAAAAAAGUUUUAUCAUGAAAUUGAUUGACAGUUAAAUUACUACAAGGUUGUAGGGAAGAGAGGUUCUCAUAAUCAAAUUUUCUUCAAUCACAUUUAAGAAACAGUCUGAUUUGUAGCACUUGAAAUCUAUAAUGUGAAUAUAGCCCUGGUUUAAGCAUCAGAUGAAGAAUUCAGAGUAUGAAGAGUAAUUCAUUUGGGCUGCAGCUAUUCUCACUUUUUCUUUGCCAGUGAUACACAUCGAUUGCUCUUGGGUAUUCAAGACUUGGAUAGAUUAAUAUAAUCAGAUUUAAGGGCAUGCGUGUAGAUGGGAAUAUGAGUGUUUACAUGUUUUUUUGUUGUUUUUUUGUAAGGUAAAAAUGCAAGUCAUACACUGGUUGUUGCUCAGACUUGUAUGUAGGAGCACAGGUUUCAGAAAAGCUACCAUUUUGUAUAAGCUGUUAAAAGAGAUACAUUAAAUGUCCAAAUGUUUGUGGACACCCCUUUUAAUAAAUGCAUUUGGCUACUUUUAAAGUCCCCCAGUAUUAAGCUGUGAAGCAGUGGAACUGUAUUCUCUGGAAUGAUGAUGAUCUGUCUAAUACUUUUCGGAUGAGUUGAGCUGGAGAUCAUACAACAUCCUGACCUAACUAUUGCUCUUGUCACUGAAUGCAAUCAAAUCCUCACAGCAAUGCCUCAAAAAAAAGUAGAAAGCCAUUCCUGGACGGUAGAGACAGUUACUCCAAAAAAGAGAAGGAUUCAUUUUAUUUUAUACCCUUUAUUUUUAGAAUAAACAAUGAAUAAGCUGGUGUUCUAAUACUUUUGAUAAGUUUGUCUAUAUAGUGUAGGUGUCCUUCUGCUGCCUGUUUUGCUGGAUAUGCUUUUUUGUUUUUUGCUGCAAAUAUGAAAGACACCGUAUAUUUUAAGCUCAGUAAACAACUCAUUUACUACAGAUUUGACUGUCUCCACUGUGCACACACCAAAUAUGACCCAAACGACUGUCCGUACACAAAUGCUUAACAGUACUGUAACAUUCUUCUCAUAAGAAAAGCAAUAUUUCAUUGUCUUCUCAAACAUUUACAUGCAGAACCUCAUUCCUCUGUUUCAGUGCAUUUUAUCAGAUUCACAGCUGGCAUGGCAUGCCUGACUUAAUUAACAGCGUGUGUUUCUCAUAUUUUGAGUUACUUGUUGAUCAGAUAUAUGCAGCUACAAAGUCGUAACAUAAGGAUACUUUAUUUUUUUUAUAGCUCUAGAAUUCAAAGGCUUCAUCCUCACCCAUAUUAAACUUGUUAUUAGAUAAUGAUUAGACUUGUAGAUAAGGUGUUCUAAGUCUUAAAACAGCCUUCUGUAACUCCUUUAUCUUAGACAUUUAAAAACUAAGAACUGAAACACAUGCAACACAUUUAUGCCUUACAGCCUUUAAUCAUCCCACUCUGUCUUAAUGUCUGCUGGGUUACUUUGAAGUAGGGCUCUUCCUGUAUUUAAGAAGUGAAUUUGUAAAAUGUAGAAUGUAAAUCAUUCUUUAUGGAAUUUAACCCUCUACAUUAAAAUUUAAUGUAAAAAUGUAAAGUGACAUGCCAAAUGUUAUCAGACAUCACACUUACUGAAUAAUAUGCAUAUCACUCAUGCUGAAAGGUGAAACACUUCGUUCGUUAGAACUAUACCUAAACUUAAUCCUACCCUUUUAAGGUUUUAAGUUAAGGUUAGGUCUAGGGAUUCAGUAUUUAGGUUAAGGUUAAAUUUUAAUGUAGAGGGUCAAAUUCCAUAAUGAAUUAUUUACAUUCUACAUUUUACAACUUUUCAGACUGUAGUUGCAUUUAUUAGAUAUUUAGUGGAAUGUUUGUUGAGCAUCUAUGUGGGUUCAGCAGUGGACCAGCCAAAUAAAAUGAUACCUUCACUUCAGUGGUUUUAAUUUUAUGGCUGAUCAGUGUAGCAAAAUAUGGAUACUUUCGAGUAAUCACCGCCAAACCAUCAACCAUUUAUCCAGAGUUAUCAAUUAAUCAUGAGAUCCCUACUCUAAAUUCAGAUUCCACUGACUGAAUUUAAUAGUAAAUGGUGAUACAGCUACAGUUAGACAUACAUCGCCUUGAUCUGCCUCAGUGUAACUUGAUUUAAAGGAGGUCAAAUCUGACAGAAGUAGAUGAAAGAAGCAAACACACUGGCACAUCUGAUACCAAGAAUUCCAUAGAUCACCAUGUUAUUCAAAGUGAUAUUUUCUCUAAUUUAAAAAAUAUGUUUGGUAUCUAAAAUUUGCUUACAAAGUUUUGCAAUGGAGCUAUCUUCAUUUCAUCUCUAUCUUAAUUUGUCUUGAGUAUCAGGAUUAAGAAAAAGUUAAUGUGGCUAUUUUAGUUUUGACUUAGGCAAGAUAAAAUGCCUAAUUAGGAACAUCUGUGCCAUGACUGAAAUGCAUUCGUCCCCUAAUUUUACUCUUCACUCUGAUUAGUGCUGAUUUAAGCAUCUGAAUAAGGCUAAACCACAUGCAUAUGCAAGUGUAAACACAACCAAGAUGCAUUUAAACCUCUAUGGCAUGAUGUUGCCCGUACCAUAUUAUACCUUAAUUUUUAUGUAUUUAUUUAUUUUAUUUGAAUAUAAUGUUACAGGGCAUAUCUACGUCCAUUACAAUGCUUUAUACAAGUAGGCCAUUAUUAAAAAUAUGUAUAUGUGCAAGAAUAUCUUAAGAAGUAUAUUUGGCUGUUUAUAUUUUUCUAUGUUCUUUCUAUAUUUUUCCAUUCUUGUUUUAAGCUUACUAAAACAACGUUUUAGUCCCACUACUGUUAGAGCCAUUAUGAUAAAGCAGUGGUGAUUGAAUACUGGGGUCCUGGUGCCCCUCUGCCCAGCAAAUGUGUGGCAUCCGUCUCCCAACACUACCUAAGUCAAAUAGUCCCAAUCAGUUCAAUUAAAAAGCCAUUUCACAGUAACAGUAGGCAUGUUAAAGCAGGCAAUCCUCUAAAAUGUGCUGGGCAGGGAGGUGCCAGGACCAGUAUUGAAGAACACUGUAUUAUUAUGAUGUUUGCAUAUCACUCCAAACCUACUGAAAGAUACAUCAGUUUAAUUCUUAUUAUAUUAGCUCCAGUGCAAAACUACAGAAGCUAUUAGCUAAUUGACCACAUUUGAAACAGGCCUAAAUGAGGUACCGUAUAUUGAUUUUAUCCAUUACUUUAACAGAAAGGGGUUAUUUCAUAAAUGUAAUAAAACACUGUAAUUAAAAGAGUCUAAACAUCUGAUCUUUACAGAGUGAGGUGCUGCUGUAAGCUUGUUUAUACGAAGGGAAUAGUUUCACAAACUAAUGAAUAAACCUAAGAAGGUUUUACUGGGGAAAAGCAGCCCAAAUGCAGGACCAUGUUUUUAUGUUUUAGAUCUCAAAAUAAAAGUUAUAAUAUGGACAGGCAUACAGCUCUGGAAAAAAAAUAAGAGACCACUUCAGUUUCUGAAUCAGUUUCUCUGAUUUUGCUAUUUAUAGGUGUAUGUUUGUGUAAAUGAACAUUGUUCUUUUAUUCUAUAACAUUUCUCCAAAAUUCCAAUAAAAAAUAUUGUCAGUUUUUAUUUGCAGAAAUUGAAAAAUGGCUGAAAUAACAAAAAAGAUGCAGAGCUUUCAAACCUCAUAUUUAUAAAGUUUUAAGCGUUUAGAAAACUAUUUGGUGGAAUAACCCUGGUUUUUAUUCACAGUUUUCAUGCAUCUUGGCAUGUUCUCCUCCACCAGUUUUACACACUGCUUUUGGAUAACUUGAUGCCACUCCUGGUGCACAAAUUCAAGCAGUUCAGUUUGGUUUAAUGGCUUGUGAUCAUCCAUCUUCCUCUUGAUUAUAUUCUAGAGGUUUUCAAUUUGGUAAAAAUCAAAGAAACUAAUCAUUUUAUGUGGUCUCAUUUUUUCCCAGAGUUGUAUCUGCAUGUAUAUGGUAAUAACUGCUGUGAUGUGGCAUUAGUGUUUAAAUGGUAAAAAGUGUUUAGAGAUAUUGUUGUGACACUUGUCUGUGGAAGGUCAAUGUUGUCUGGAAGUUUGUUGAAUAUUAAAAGGUAACUUUUUUUUCUGUAAAAUACAAAGAAAUGCAUAUUUUAUAAAGAAAUCAAAAACA